AAGUUUAUCCAGGGAACAUAAAACCCUAAGUCAAGAAAAAGUCGGCCAUCACUUUCUUCACACAAAUUUGUGUCUAGAAGCUUUAAUUUGCAACAUGUCUGCUGCGACUCCAGAAGCUAUUGAUCUACAACAAAAAGAAAGAGAGAUAAAGUUGCUCGAGGAACGUUUAGAGGAAUACUUUGUUCCAAAGAAUGUUGCCAUCAUAGGGCCAUCGGGUGUCGGCAAAUCGUCAUUCGUUAACUCUAUCAUAGCCAGUUUUUCCUCCAAGUGCUGGCGAGAGCGGACCAAAGUCGCGUGCAUCGGUGGGGAAGCGAUGCAAGGAACGUGUCAUCUUAUCAAGACAGCAAAAGAUGAGUACUUGGACUCAGCAAGACAGAAGGAAUAUCCGUACCCGACACUGAUUGACAUGAAUGGAUUUGAAAACCAAUCCACGGCGGAUAUAAAAGAACUGCUCAGAUACAUUUUGUUUGGCUUGAUUCCACAUGAACACAAGUUAAGAGAUGCUUUGAAAAUAUACUCAGAUAAAGGGCUAGAAGGAAUGAAGGGUGAAUAUUACAAGAAUGAGGAGGCACUAAAAGUUGACUGCCUGAUUUUUGUUACUUCGACAACUACAGUUCUUCCACAAAAUCUUAUGGAUGCUGUGGUUCAGGUGGCACAGAAAGAGGAAAGAGUCAUUCCAUUAUUUGGUGUGCUAACACAGAAAGACAAAAUACAUGAUGAAGAAGCAUACUUGACAAAGAAGAAAGAUUUUUGUUCAAAGCUUGGCCUUCCAGAGAACCGCUUCCUUCUGUGUACAAACUAUUGUGAUGACUAUGAUAAAGAAACAGGGCAUUCUCGUUGGAAUCAAGUGUACCCUGCACUAGAUGUACCAAUUCUGUCUUUUAUGAGACAGGUUUGUGAUGUUGGAAUUAAAGUUCUACAAAACCAUGCCACACUUCGCAAAGGUCCCUCUACCACUCCCCAGUCUCAGCAGGAUCCACCCCGUGAUGCUGACCUCCCACUGAGAGACCCUCCCCCACAUGUAGACAACUCCGUCAUCAAUGUCCUGGCCUUCGCUUGUAAGGGUUUGGUCAUCGCUGUACUCCUAUAUUGGAUCCUUACUCCGCCUUUUGAUGGGCAGCAGAUGGUCGAUGCCUGUGCUCAGUUUGAACACAAAUCUCAGACACUGAAUUUCUCCAUUCCUGGAAUAAAGAACCUGUGUGACAGGAUUGGAGAUAUAACACAGAGACAACUCAUGACUCCACUGAUGUCUUUUGUGGUGGUUAUUAUUGGAAUAGAUUUUGUGAUGCCUCAGAUUAUCAGAAUGUUACAUAGGCUUGGAAUUUAACUGUACAGACUUGUUGUGGGAAUCAAAGUGUUGUGACUUGUGCAAAUACUUGGUGAGAUUUUGAAUAAAUUGGGGUGUGGCAGCAAUAAAAAUUGCUUAUUCUACUCACCUGAGCCGAAGGCUCAAGUGAGCUUUUCUGAUCACAUUUUGUCCGGCGUCCGUCUGUCUGUAAACUUUUCAAUUUUUCGACUUCUUCUCAAGAACCGCUGGGCCAAUUUCAACCAAACUUGCCACAAAGUAUCCUUGGGUGAAGGGGAUUCAAGUUUGUUCAAAUGAAGGGCCACGCCCUAAUUCAAGGGGGGAUAAUUGGGAAUUAA